UGUGUGUUGCUGCUGCAGCUCGGUGUCACAUCAGUGCGGUGGGAGGAUGAAGGCAGCCGCAGGGACAUGGGACCGCACUUGUGCUGCAUGCGACGCACAAUCUGACGCUCGAUGCUGCUGCUGCUGCUGCUGCUGCUGGACUUUCUGAUGAUUCGGAGAAAAUCCAAAACUUUGAGGCUUCAAGGAUGAUCUUCUCAGAUGGGACUCUCUCAGCCGUCAGUUUUGCGCUCCUGUUGGGAAUAACGUGUCUCUGCGAUCUCUCCAAGGGCUCUCCAGACUUUUCAGGUUACUUGUCCAAAGUGUUGAGGAACUACACCGAGCAGGCUUGCGACGGAGACUUCCUGUCCGUCCGCUGUCCACCCCGCACCACCAUCACCGUCCAGUCGGCUUUCUACGGGAGGAGAGGAGCGUCCGAUCCCCAGCAGUGCCCUCACACCUACCAGGCCCUCCUCAGUCCGUACAGCACUCGGGAGGAUGAUCGAUAUUGUUCCGUUUCCACUGCACUACAGAAAAUGCUGGACGAGUGCCAGGACAGAAGGAGCUGUCAAGUCCUUGUCAACAGCCGCGUGUUUGGGACGGACCAGUGUCCCGGCAGCAGCAAAUACCUCAUUGUCUGGUACAAAUGCAGACCUAAAUGUCAGUCGUCCGUCGCGCUCCAGGUUCUGACCUCCCGCUGUCAGGGGAAGAAGAGCUGUCUGGUCCGAGCCUCCACCAGAGACUUUGGAGAUCCGUGUUACGCCGGCACCAGGAAGUACCUCAGUGUCAUCUACACCUGUG